GAGAGAGGGAGAGCACGAAAGCAGCGCCAGGAGCAGCGGCAGCAGCAGGGCCGGUCACCCUCGCCCCCUCCCUGCUCCUGUGCACGCCAGUGCAAGCCAUGUCCUAUCCUCAGGGUUACCUCUACCAGCCCCCCGGCUCGCUGGCUCUGUACUCCUGCCCGGCGUACGGGGCGUCGGCGCUGGCGGCCCCCAGGAGCGAGGAGCUGGCCAGGUCUUCGUCGGGAUCGGCGUUCAGCCCUUACCCGGGAUCGGCAGCUUUCACCGCCCAGGCGGCGGCCACAGGCUUCACCAGCCCUCUCCAGUACUCCACAGACCCCGCCACGGGAUUCCCCUCCUACAUGGGCUCCCCUUACGACGCCCAUACGACGGGGAUGACCGGAGCCAUCAGCUACCACCCGUACGGCAGCCCUGCCUACCCCUACCAGCUCAACGACCCUGCGUACAGGAAAAAUGCCACCCGCGACGCCACGGCCACGCUUAAGGCCUGGCUGCAGGAGCACCGCAAGAACCCCUACCCCACCAAGGGCGAGAAGAUCAUGCUGGCCAUCAUCACCAAGAUGACCCUCACCCAGGUCUCCACCUGGUUCGCCAACGCCCGCCGGCGGCUCAAGAAGGAGAACAAGAUGACCUGGGCCCCGCGGAACAAGAGCGAGGACGAGGACGACGAUGAAGGCGAAGGGGCAAGGAGUAAAGAGGAGAGUCCUGACAAGAUGCCCGAGAGCAACGAAACCUCCGCGGAGGACGAAGGGAUCAGUUUGCAAGUCGACUCGCUGACGGACCACUCCUGCUCCGCCGAGUCGGACGGCGAGAAGCUGCCUUGCCGAGCGGGCGACCCCCUCUGCGAGUCGGGCUCGGAGUGCAAGGACAAGUACGAGGACAUCGAAGAAGAGGAGGAGGACGAGGACGAGGAGGAAGAAGAGGACAUUGAGGAGGACGACGGCGGUGGUGGAGGGGAGCGCGACCCGCCGGCCAAGACCGCCACCUCCUCGCCGCUGGCCGCCGUGGAGGCCCCUCUGCUCGGCCACCCGCACGCCGACGCCGCCCGCAGCGCCAGCAAGGCGGCGCUGAGCGGCCGCGCCUCGCCCGGGCCUCCGACGCCGGCCAGCAAGCCCAAGCUCUGGUCGCUGGCUGAAAUCGCCACGUCGGACCUCAAGAGCCAGACCCUGGGCCAAGGGUGCCAGCCGGCGCCUCUCUCUUCGGCCACCCCUGCCUCCGCCCCGCACAGCGCUGCCUACUCGCCCUCCUCCCUCCUGGGAAGGCAUAUUUAUUACACCUCACCUUUUUAUAGCAAUUAUACAAACUAUGGGAACUUUAACGCUCUCCAGAGCCAGGGAAUCCUGAGAUACAACUCGGCAGCAGUGGCUUCAAACGAGGGACUAAGUCAGACUGUCCUAAACGCCAGCUCUGUUCACAAACAGAGCAGUGACUCUUUGAAAACGAUCACUAACCAGCUAGAACAACAUUACAGGCCCUCUAGUUAUGACUCUAAGAAAGAUCCCACUGAAGUCUGCACAGUAGGAGUACAACCAUACCUAUAGAAGUGCAAUCACACAGCAAUGCAAGUAGGUGUCACAAUUGCUUUGAAAAAAGUCAGCAAGCCAUCAUCUCUCCCCGAGCUAAUAUAUAUAACAAAUCUCUAAAUCCGGAACACAUGUGGUGCCACUGUAUAAAAGAAGACCACAGAGCACUAUUAGAUCUUCAGAAUCUAAUUAUUAAACCAGAAUUUUGUUGGACAUACGUGAGUUUGCUGGUAUAGUAUAGUUUCCCCAAUGUAUGUGUGACUUUUGAAAACAGAUCUGUUUUUCUCAGGAUAUCUUGAAUUGAUCACUUCAUUGCCACGGUAUCUAUUCGAUAGGUGUGAUAGGAUUUAUUGUAAAAUUUAUUUGUAAAAUAUGUAUACAGUAGAGAUAAUAAAGACGUGAUUGGAGAACUUGAGUCCUUACAAAGUGGAAACAAAUUUGAUAUUUAUUUUUGUAACGAUAUAAAGCUUCUAGUAAUUUAUGCAAGUUGUAUUGCAAUGGAAUCUGAACUUUUUGUAAAUAAAUUUUGCCUGGUUUUUAUUUGAAACGUUGAUGGUUAUACAAUCUUUGGUUGUUUAACGAGAAUUCUUUACUAAUUUAUAUCUCUAAUUGUAAAUAAAAACAGACUAGUCUGCAACAAUA